CCCUUCCUCUUCCUCACUCUCUCUCUCUCUCUCUCUCUCUCUCUCUCGCUCCUGUGGUUUUUACUGUUUCAUGCACAGCAUUAUUAGGGUUUUCGUUGUUCGCUCCUUAAUUCGAUCAGUGCUGCUCUGAGAGACUCAUCCACAUGGCUUUUCCUGGGAAGAAGCUCAUUAACGAUCCCAAUGAUGUCGUCACUGAAUUCAUAGAAGGUCUUGUGGAGACGUAUCCUGGGUUACAAUAUUUAGAUGGCUUUCCACUGGUGAAGGUAGUAUUACGUGCUGAUGUUUCACAGACAACAUAUGACAAAGUUGCAAUCAUAUCAGGAGGAGGAAGUGGACAUGAGCCUGCUCAUGCUGGAUUUGUUGGAGAAGGGAUGCUGACAGCAGCCAUCUGUGGGGACAUUUUUGCCUCUCCACCAGUUGAUUCAAUUCUAGCUGGCAUUCGAGCUGUAACUGGUCCUAAGGGAUGUCUGCUCAUUGUCACGAACUAUACUGGUGAUCGUUUGAACUUUGGUGUGGCUGCUGAACAAGCAAAGUCUGAAGGUUAUAAAGUGGAGACUGUAAUUGUUGGGGAUGAUUGUGCUUUGCCUCCACCUCGAGGGAUUGCUGGAAGAAGAGGUUUAGCAGGGACUAUUUUGGUUAAUAAGGUUGCAGGUGCUGCUGCUGCUGCUGGCCUUCCUCUUGCUGAGGUUGCUGCACUGGCAAAACGUGCAUCUGAAAUGGUGGGGACCAUGGGUGUUGCAUUAUCUGUCUGCACACUACCUGGUCAGGUUACAUCUGAUCGUUUGGGCCCUGGAAAGAUGGAAUUGGGUCUUGGAAUUCAUGGAGAGCCUGGUGUUGCUGUAGUUGAUCUGCAGCCUGUAGAUGUAGUGGUGUCUCAUGUUCUUACGCAGAUAUUAUCCCCGGAAACAAACUAUGUGCCAAUAACACGUGGUAGUAGGGUGGUCCUCUUGGUCAAUGGGUUGGGUGGCACUCCUAUAAGUGAACUGAUGAUUGCAACUGGAAAAGCAGUUCCUAAAUUGCAGCUGGAGCAUGGAUUGGCUGUUGAUCGGGUGUACACUGGAUCAUUCAUGACUUCUCUUGAUAUGGCAGGCUUCUCCAUUUCUAUCAUGAAGGCUGAUCCAGUCAUUCUUCAACGCCUGGAUGCAUCAACUAAGGCUCCUUAUUGGCCUGUAGCUGCUGAUGGUAAUCACCCACCUGCUAAGAUUCCUGUUCCAGUUCCACCAUCUCGGACAGCAAAAAGUGAUGAGCCACAGAGCCGGCCUUUACAAAUGAAUGAACAAGGCCAAAUUCUGGAGGCUGCCAUUGAAGCUGCUGCUAAUGCUAUUAUAAAUCUUAAGGACAGCUUAAAUGAAUGGGAUAGCAAAGUUGGUGAUGGUGAUUGUGGGUCAACUAUGUUUAGAGGUGCAAAAGCAAUUCUUGAGGACAUUAAAAAUUAUCCCCUGAAUGAUGCCGCAGAAACUGUUAAUGAAAUUGGAUCAUCAAUGGGAAGAGUUAUGGGAGGAACAAGUGGGAUUCUAUAUACCAUCUUUUGCAAGGCAGCGUCGACAAAGCUGAAAUCAAGCUCACACUCUGGUAUAACGGCUAAACAAUGGGCUGAAGCACUUGCUGCUUCCAUUGCUGCUAUCAGUAAAUAUGGUGGCGCCAGUGCUGGUUAUAGAACAUUGUUAGAUGCCCUUAUUCCGGCAUCAUCAGUUCUUCAAGAGAGAUUAAAUGCUGGGGAUGAGCCUUCCACUGCUUUUGUUCUCUCAUCUGAAGCUGCAAUAACUGGAGCUGAGUCAACUAAGGACAUGCAAGCACAGGCUGGGCGAUCAAGCUAUGUAUCCGGAGAGAUUCUUUCAUCAGUCCCUGACCCCGGUGCUAUGGCUGCAGCCACAUGGUACAGAGCUGCAGCUUUAGCCGUCAAAGAGAAAUACAAUAGGUAGAGGAUCAUUCACAUAACUUAUCAUGCUACUCUCUCUGCGGAUUCCGCCAAGUUUUGUUCGUGAUUUUGUGCUAUUGUAACUGUUAGGCUCUCCGCUUAUGCAGUUUGCGCAUAAAGCUGAGAGAGUAAUUGCUAAUUACUUUAUAUACCCCAAAUUUUAUAUUGGAUGUAAAUUUGAAAUAUUGAAGAUUGCAAUGGACAAUAAUAUCCAUCUUAAUGUCAA